AUGAUACUAAACUUUUUUAAUCAAUUCUCAAGCCCACUUAUUUUAGGAAUCCCACUACUUCCACUAGCUAUACUUGCUCCAACAUUCAUUAUAAUCCCACGCACAACCUUAACAACAAAUCGACUAAUUAUCAUUCAACAAUGAAUUAUAAAACAAAUUACCAAACAACUAAUACUGCCAAUUAAGACUAAAGGACAUAAAUGAGCCCUCACACUAACAACAUUAAUAGCUUCUAUUUUAAUAAUAAAUCUACUAGGCCUAUUACCAUAUACAUUUACCCCCACCACACAACUCUCCAUAAACCUAGGAAUCGCAAUACCACUAUGAAUAAUAACAAUUAUUACUGGACUACGCAAUCAACCAACAAAUUCACUAGGACACCUUCUACCAAUAGGAACACCAAACAUACUAAUUAUUCCACUAAUUCUUAUUGAAACUGUUAGCCUAUUUAUUCGACCCAUCGCACUUGGUGUACGACUAACUGCGAAUCUAACAGCUGGCCACCUGCUAAUACAACUAAUUUCUAUUGCAACACUAACACUCAUAUCAACCAUACCAACUAUUGCAGUCCUAUCAUUUAGCGUCCUAUUAUUAUUAACCCUAUUAGAAAUAGCAGUCGCUAUAAUCCAAGCAUAUGUAUUUGUGCUCCUAGUAACCCUAUACCUUCAAGAAAACAUGUA